AUGCCAGCGGGUGUUACAUGGGGCCAAUAUUUAUCUUUCUCGACGGCAGCUUUGCUAUCAAUGUUGGCCGGGUCUCAGGUUGUUCAUCUUCGUUAUAAGCCCUUAGAGGAUCUACACAGGUAUAUAAAUAAUGAGUUGAAAUUAUUGCCGGAGAAUGUGCAAGAACAGAUUAGAAAAGAACUAAAAGAGGAAGGUGUUUUAAAAUAAAGUUACCGUUGUUUUCUGUAGAAAUUUAGUGUAAAUAAAUUAUAUAUCAUCAUGUAAA